CAGUAAAACUCGGCACAACACCCGUUGCAGUGUUGCGCGCUCCCGCUAGGGGGUGUGUAGGAGUUCACAGCGACCAGGCGAAACUCGACCCCGGAAGUGCUUCGGCAUCCGGUUCUGUGCCGGAAGUGGAGCGAAGCGCCGCUGUGUUUAGUUCAGGCGGACCGUGUUCAGGAGAACUUUACACCUUUUAUUAAUAAUUACUCUUUUAUUUCCCCGCAUCAAACAUCGACGGACCCGGCUACAGUUUAACCGCCACAUCCGCCAUGUUUAACAGACAGACGAGCCUCUGGAUGGGUGACUUGGACCCGUACAUGGAUGAGAACUUCAUCAAACAGGCGUUUAGUGCGAUGGGAGAAUCACCAUUUGGAGUGAAGAUCAUCACUCACAGGAUAACAGGCGGGUCAGCAGGUUACUGCUUCGUGGAGCUGGCUGAUGAAGCGAGCGUCGACCGCUGCGUCCAAAGACUGAACGGAAAACUGGUUCCUGGAUCAAACCCGCCCCGCAAGUUUAAGCUAAACUAUGCCACCUAUGGAAAACGGCCAGAGGCAGGGCCUGAGUUCUCAGUGUUUGUGGGCGACUUGGCCACCGAGGUGGACGACUUCCAACUGCACCAAGUUUUCAAGAAGUAUCUUUCCUGCAAAGGAGCCAAAGUAGUGACUGACCAGUAUGGAUACUCCAGAGGUUAUGGCUUCGUCAAGUUUGGGGAGGAGAGCGAGCAGAAGAAGGCGAUCGAGGAGUGCCAGGGUACGAUGCUGGGGGGGAAGCCGCUCAGACUCUCUAUCGCUGUGGCAAAGAGCCAGAAGAUGAGUAACUACCACGGAGGCCAGGGCCAGAACUACCACAGCAACUACAACCAGUCCCAGUCCAGUUACUAUGGUAACCAUGGCAGCGGGGGUCAGGGGGGCUACUACAACCAGUGGGGCGGCUACGACCAGUACGGAGGCUACGGCAGCAGCUACAACAGCAGCUACAACAGCAGCUACGGCAGCGGCUACAACUACAACUACGGACCCUACGGGUACCCCCCCCCAGGACACAUGAUGCCCCCGCCCCCCAUGGGGAUGCCCCCCAUGUUCUCAGACAUGGCAGGAGCUGUGGAGCAGGGCCAGGAGGAGGGAGGAGAUCUGGAGGAGGAUCAUUCAGAAGAGCCCAUCCCUGAGUGUGAUGUGGAGCAGUGGAACAAGGAUUUUAUGCAGCGCAGCGAGGAGCUCUAUGACGCCAUGAUGAACUGUCACUGGGAGCCCCUGGACUCUGUUAGCUCACCCAUCCCCUCCCUCUCCUGAUCCAUCUUCUGAUCCCUCCCUGAACCUUUUUUAUUUCCCAUAUUCUGCCAUGAUGUGACACCACAUUGACACCUUAAACAGGCCAGUCUCAGUUCUGGCUGUAGCCUGACAGUUUGUUCCUCUGCAAAUACUCUAAAGUACUCACAAAUAUUCACUUGGUUUUAAUGUUUACCACGUUGGUAACGAUGAAAAGGCUGUUCAGUACUCGUGCCGUGGCUGUGUAGUCUAUAAACUGUCUAUAAACCAGAGCUACAAGCUUUGGGAUGAAGUGCUGCUGACUGGCUGUAGCUGUAGCAUUGUAAAAUGAAUGUCAUGUGUCAAUAUUUCACCAUUUAUUGAUCUCACCGAGCAACAACUCCACUGUCAUUUAAGUUGCUCCAUGUUGAAAUGGUGAACUUUGAUUGGACAUGGCCCGGAUGUGUUAACAGAGUCUCCUAAAGACAGAAGUUCAAACUAUGCCUUAACUGUCAUCUGCCAUGCACUUCCUCUUUGUCUAUGAUGGUCAUUUAGAAUUAUUUUGUAUAUUACAGAAUAUUCCUCUUUCUUGUCUUAUUCAUUUUUUUAAAAACUUUCCUCAAUUUUUAAUUUUCUGAUAAAUGAAGUAAAGGAAGUGUGGAAAGAUGACUGAGUUUGUCCAACAGUAAACAAUCACAAAUGUUAUUUAUCACUGAAGCUCCAUGUCUUUCUGUAUAAUCUAUGAAUGGGUCGACCUCCCAGGCCUUCUGAGCUGUCAAACUGUGUCAUGGUUUUCUGAGGCUGACAGCAGAUUUGUUGUAUCAGAUGUCAAGGCAGCGUUUAUUUUCUGCUGUUUGAUGGCUGAUGUUUUGUACAUAUUUUCUUUGUGGAGAAGUUUUAUCAAUUAAACUUAGGAGGCAAAUGGU